UGGAGCUUAUUCGUGAAAAAAGGCUGAAGAUUAAUGUAAUUCAGCCAAAAUGAAAAGAGAACAGAAAAGAAAAGAAAGGAAAAGAACAUUCGUGAGUUUCUAGAGAUUUCGUAGUCGGCAAGGCAAUCCAAGGUGGAGUUCUUAAUCGGUGGGACAUCGGAGUUAUUCUGUACGUCGACACCCUUUCCCUUUGAUCAAAUACUGUACUUUGCUGCUCCCUUCGUUCUUUUCUGCUCUUUCAAGUUUCAACAGGGAAUAAGCGCAGGCAGGAAUGUUACCACUGCUAGCUUACCAAGUAGUGAGCCAAUACUACAGGCUCCAAGGGAACCCCAUCACUCUGGGGCUCCUUGCCUCUAAUACUCUCAUUCAUCUAAGGCCUAAUUUUCUUCAUCAUAUCAUCCCUUCCAUAGAUGAGGUCUGGUUUAAUGCACAUCUCAUCCUCAAGCACAAGGACUUGAAGCGUUUUUUACUAUCACCAUUCUACCAUGUGGGUGACCCUCACCUUGUCUACAACAUGAUAUCUCUACUAUGGAAAGGCACUCAGUUGGAAACAUCAAUGGGUAGUAUUGAAUUUGCUUCAAUGGUUGGUGCAUUACUCGUAAUGUCGCAGGGAAUUACCUUGUUGCUCAUCAAAUCCUUACUAAUUUUCUUUAAUUAUGGGAGGCCUUACUACUAUGAAUAUUCUGUUGGGUUUUCCGGUGUACUUUUUGCUUUGAAAGUUGUUCUUGGUUCUGAAACCGAAAGCUACACUUACAUUCAUGGUCUAAGAGUACCAUCAAGUCAUGCUGCAUGGUUGGAACUAAUACUUAUCCAAAUGGUUUCACCUGGUGUCUCUUUCCUUGGUCAUCUUGGUGGUAUACUUGCUGGUCUUCUCUUUUUGCGUCUGAAGGGUACCAAUUCAGGGUCAGAUCCAUUGACGCUUCUUAUUAGAAGUGUUGGUCGAAUAUUGAGUCGCCCUCUUGGAUUUUUCAGCCGCUUGAAUCCCUUUCGGCAGCGUAGGAUAUUUGGAGGAGGAACGGUCGGUUCAAGGCCUGUAACGAGUAUCGGUACAUGGAGGUGUCGAGCAUGUACAUUUGACAAUUCUGGUUUAUUAAGUACAUGUGAAAUGUGUGGGACAGAUCGGCAGGAUGGGGUGCUGCAUUCUAACCAAUUAUCAAGUCAAUUGGAUUUUACUCGAGAGGAAAUGCGUCGUCGGAGACUUGAAAGAUUUGGUUGAUGAUAGAAUAGAUUGUUCUUUUUCUCAGGCCACCAGAUAUUUACUUUUAGUAGAGUAAAUCGAAAGACUACUAACACCAUAUCUCCCGCAAAUGAUGAAGUUGUUUACUAGAUGUUGAAAAAAUGAAGUGGUAUGGAGCAUGGAGCUUGUGUUUAGGAAUAUAGCAAAUUUGAUUGAACACAGAUUGAAAAGUCUUUGUACACAGGGAAGGAAUUGAUAUACUUUCUUUUCAUCAUUGUUUUUCUAUAUGACAUCUCUUCAUGUGGCUGCUUCUUGAUAA